AUGACGAGUCUUUCAACCAAACUCGCCGAUCUUGAAAAGGCUGGAAAGCCGGUUCAAGUUGGCAUUAUCGGUGCUGGCAAGUUUGGAUCCAUGUACAUUUCUCAAUCCCACCGCACCCCCGGUGUCCACCUUGCCGGUAUCGCCGAUCUAUCGCCCGAGCGGGCUCUUGCUUCUCUCAAGCGCACUGGCUAUCCCGAAGGCCAGUUCGACGCCACUGCAUCUUUGAGCAUCUCUGAAGCCAUCGCCGCCGGCAAGACCGGUAUCACGACAGACUCCGCAGCCCUGAUCGCCACGCCCGAGAUUGACGUGAUCCUCGAAGUCACUGGAAACCCGGCGGCGGGUAUCCGUCACGCCCUCCUCUGCUGCGAGCAUAAGAAGCAUAUCGUCAUGAUCAAUGUCGAGGCCGAUGUUCUGGCAGGACCGCUCUUGGCUCGGAGGGCCCGGGAGGCCGGCAUCAUCUACUCCAUGGCCUACGGAGACCAGCCAGCGUUGAUUGCUGAGAUGGUUGACUGGGCGAGGACAGCUGGCUUUGAGGUCGUCUGCGCGGGUAAGGGCACAAAGCAUCUGCCUGAGUACCACUACUCGACCCCGGAUACGGUAUGGAACCACUACGGAUUCACCAAAGAGCAACUGGCCGGCGGAGAUUUCAACCCCCAGAUGUUCAACAGUUUCCUCGACGGCACUAAGAGCGCCUUGGAGAUGGCGGCUGUUGCCAAUGGUUGUGACUUGAGUCCUCCAACAAACGGUCUGAGGUUCCCUCCUUGUGGUGUCUGGGACCUUCCAACUGUGUUGAAACCUUCCAGCGAGGGAGGCCAGCUGGAGAAGAACGGAACUGUCGAGGUUGUUUCUUGUAUGGAGAAGGACGGACGAUGGGUGUUCAACGAUUUGCGUUGGGGAGUGUAUGUGAUCAUCAAAGCACCCGGAGAGUACCAGAGAGAAUGCUUCAAGCAGUAUGGCCUCAAGACAGACCCUUCAGGCUGGUAUGCUGCGCAGUACAAGCCCUACCAUCUCAUUGGAUUGGAGCUGGGCAUCUCUGUUGCCACGAUCAUGGUUCGCGGUGAGCCGACUGGCCAGACGAAGACCUGGGCUGGUGACGUCGUUGCCACGGCGAAGCGUGAUCUGAAAGCAGGAGAAAAGCUCGAUGGUGAAGGCGGAUUUACAGUUUAUGGCAAACUGAUGACCGCCGAGGACUCAAUGGCAAUUGAAGGAUUGCCAAUCGGGUUGGCUCACGGCUUCGUUCUGAAGCGCGAUGUUAAGAAAGACCAAGGACUCAGCUGGCAGGAUGUUGAGUACAGCGAGAAGGCCCAGGCGGUGGCUUUCCGGAAAGAAAUGGAGGGCAUCUUCAAGAAGGAGUUUCAGGCGAAGAAAGCAAACGGGGUAAAUGGUGUGCAUUAG